GUGAGACGGGGCCGCGGGGGCAUCAUGGGGCCGGGAGAGCCGGUGCAGAAGAUCAGCAUUAGCGCCGAGAGCCAGCGGGGAAGCGAGAGGAACGGCUCUGGCGCUGCCCUGGCAGGCCCUGAGAGAGACCCACCCGGCAGCUGGAGGCAGAAGUGUGCGGCCUAUGUGCUGGCGCUCAGGCCUUGGAGUUUCAGUGCUUCUCUCACCCCCGUGGCCCUCGGCAGCGCCCUGGCGUACCGGGCCGAGGGGUCGCUAGAUCCAGGGCUCUUGGUUGGAAGCGCUGUGGCUGUCCUGGCUGUGCACGGAGCUGGCAACUUGGUGAAUACCUACUACGACUUCUCCAAAGGCAUCGAUCAUAAGAAGAGUGAUGACAGGACUUUAGUGGACCAGAUUUUGCAGCCUCAGGAUGUAGUCCGGUUUGGAGUCUUCCUUUAUACCGUGGGCUGUAUUUGUGCUGCUGGGCUCUAUGCGGUCUCGACGCUCAAACUGGAGCACCUGGCCCUGAUAUACUUUGGAGGACUUUCCAGCUCUUUCCUUUAUACUGGAGGAAUUGGAUUUAAGUAUGUUGCACUUGGAGACGUGGUGAUCCUGAUCACCUUCGGGCCCCUGGCUGUCAUGUUUGCCCAUGCUGUGCAGGUUGGGUAUCUGUCUGUCUCGCCGCUGCUCUACGCCAUCCCUCUAGCGCUCAGCACUGAGGCCAUCCUGCACAGCAACAACACGCGGGACAUGGAGUCUGACCGGCAGGCAGGCAUUGUCACCUUGGCCAUCCUCAUCGGCCCUGCGCUCUCCUAUGUCCUCUACACCCUGCUGCUCUUCUUGCCCUACCUGAUUUUCUGUGUGCUGGCCACACGCUACACCAUCAGCAUGGCAUUGCCACUGCUCACCAUCCCGAUGGCAUUUUCACUGGAGAGGCAGUUUCGGAGUCAGAGCUUCAACAAAAUUCCCCAGAGGACAGCCAAACUCAAUCUCCUCUUGGGCCUUUUCUAUGUUUUUGGCAUCACACUAGCACCAGAUGGUGCUCUGCCUAAGCUGUAACGAGAGCUGUAGAGUCAGGCCUCACAGUUCAGUAUUAUCAGUGGAUUAUGUGGGUAGAUGAUCCAUUAUGGUCAGUGGGAAGAAUAAAGAAGAUACCAUCCUGAGCUGUGGAAGCUGCAGUUCUGGGCUUGGUUGGCUUGUACAGCAGACUUUGCAAAAGUGAUUUGUGUGUAUGAAGUCUUCUUGAGAAGGAGUGAGCUGCAGCUUUUUUUUGGGGGAGCAAGGUAAUUUGAGGAAAAGGAAAUGUUUAAAGAACCUCAUCCUUCUGUCACUGAAUUCUUUCACUGUCAACUCAAUGGAAGUAAGAUUAAGCCCCCAAUCAAAACUGUUCCUUUCACAAGCACAGUGAUUGCUCCUGUGGCUCCUUUUCUUACCAUGGUGAGAGAAUCCAGUGGCUCCUGUGUGCUCAACAGAAAACACUGCCAAAUGCUUAGCCUCACAACAAUGUAGGUGCUAUUACUUCACUCCCUUGUGAGCAUAGUUCACCUUCAUCUGCUAGAUGUUUGACUUUUUGUUUUGUGUUUAUUUUCUUAGCCAAAUGUUUAACUUUUCUUUCCAAGCUCCCUAAAAUGCAUUAGAAACUAAUUCAUUAACUGUUGCUUCUGCUUGGUCCUUAUAGUCUGGAAAUGUCCCAAGUGAUGUAUCUCUGUGGGAUGUUGGUGUACACGGAGCACAAACUUCAAGCCAAAACCAGUACAUUUGUAUUCUGCUAUGAAAGCUGGGUCUGUAAACACAAAGCAUGCCUUGAAAGGCCCUGAAUGCAUAGAUAAACAAGGGGGGUCCAUUUUUAUAUUUGCUUAGGAUUUAC